GUCCAUUCUCUGCGUGCGAGCUGUUAGUAAACAAACCUUUAUCGUUGUCGACCAUUCAUUAUUUGGUUCUUCGGAUUCGAGUUGAACAGUGCUCGACUUAACUCGAUCCGGAUCCACUUUGGGUGCAAAGCGAAAGAACAGAUUGUCCUUAGUUUCGAAAACGCGCGCGCGACGACAUUCGAGACGAGCCAGAAGUUCUGCGUUGGCAAAGUGAUCUAAUCAGUGAUAUUUUAUACACGUUCUAUCUGAAAAAAGGAAAAAAAGUCGAAGAAAAGUGCCCUCAAUAGCAUCGUCAUCGCCUGCCCACCAACAGUUCGUGGAAAAGGCACAGGAAGGAAAACUCGAAUCUCAUCGGGCACUCAUCAUCAUUCAUCUCGGCGGCCGUUCGCUAAUCGUUUGUUGAUUGUUUCUCUUUGAUUUAAUUAAAUCAGCAGACCGAAAAAUGAACACUUUGCUCAUAUUGUCCGCACUUGUGACAGUCAUCGCAGCACAGAGGGAUUACACUACGCCGGUGCCCAUCCUGAAGCAGAUCAACCGACACAACGAGGAUGGAAGCUACAGCUAUGGCUACGAGGCGGCGGACGGGUCUUUCAAAAUCGAAACCAAAUAUCCAACCGGGGAGGUGCAGGGGAAGUACGGUUAUGUUGACGACAGCGGAAAGCUACGUGAGAUAGAAUACGGUGCCAGCAAACGAGGAUUUGAACCAGCCGGUACCGACAUCAACGUACCACCACCAACUCUGACCAACACCAACUACCCACCUUUGGGACCAAACGAAGAGGACGAUGGCCAAUACCGUGAAGAUCCAAGCGUCUACUACAAAGACGCACGAUACAACUCCAAGCCAGCAUCGGCCCCUGCUUACCAGCCACGACCUGCUCCAGUUCAGUAUAACCCAGCUCCUCAGCAGUACUACCAGAACAACGUAACUCCAGCCCCUGCCCCAGCUGCUCCAGUUUACCAACAGCCUCAGCAUCGAUUCCAGCCUCAGCCACAGUACUACCAACCAGCUCCUCAACAGCAACGUUCUGAAUAUUGGCAUCCGAACGCCAGGGUGGACAUCAACACUGGGUCGUACUCGCUAAGCUAUACCGGUUAAUUCAUCCAUACUACCAUUUAUUCAUAAGUGUAUGUGUAUGUGCGUGUGUCCCUAAGUCAACUUUCCGUGUAUGCCAAGCGCUUUCCUUGUAAAAUUAAUCAACGAAGACAGGCACUGAGGUAUCGUUUACAAUGUAUGUCAGUUUGCGGUACACAGAUGUUUCUCCAUAAGCUGAGAUGAGUUUUCAGGGUACGUCCUUAUCAGGAUAGAAUAAAACGACUUUUACAAUUAAAA